CCUUAAUACUGAUUGCGUUUGUGUUUUCUUUCUCCAUUCUUCGUGUAAUGCCCCCCCACCCCCCGUCUGCUGCCCACUUGCCUCAGCUGUUGGCUGUACAUAACCCACGCCUGGAAGGAAUUUCCAAUAAAGUCAGGUGACUCUCCCUGGAUGGCAGCUCACUUCCCUGCCCUCCCCAAGUCUAUGUACCGAGGCUGGGCUUUCGAACGUAGGCUGCAUCGAGGGAGCCAACUGGGCUGACCAGCACCCUGACAAACUGGGAUACAAAAUCUCACUGCUGGGGUAAAUGCCCUACCAGCCAGGCAGGCGCUGAUGGUUGGCAAAGACUUUCUCUAUGGCACGCUGAGAAGACAGAAGACCUAUACGUGGUAAAGCAGCAAAGAUCUAGGUUCCCCUGGGGCUGACAAACCCAAGCCCAUCUUCUGGUUGCUUCCCCGCAACAGACUCCAGUUCAUUGCACUAAAAAAAAAAGAGGACACUUCCGUCAAGGAGUGUGUUUUGCCUCAGCCCAAAUACGAGUUGGACCACUUGUCUCCGGACAGCAUGGUGGUGCAGAAUAAGCUGGACACGGGGGACCCCAGGAAAGCGGUCCUUUUGGAGCCAUUCAUCCAUCAGGUUGGGGGCCACAUGAGCGUGAUGAAAUAUGAUGAGCAUACCGUCUGCAAGCCCCUCAUCUCCCAGGAGCAGUGGUUCUACGAGUCGCUCCCCACAGCCAUUAAGCAGUUCACGCCUCAGUACAAAGGUAUCAUCUCGGUGUGCCUCAGAAAGGACAGCUUGGGCAACCUAGGCCUGAUAGCGAGCCCCAGCCUGCCGACUGACAACUGCAGUUCCUUGGAUAAGGAGCAUUCGGUGAUGCUAUGUCAGGAGAUCAAGCGGACGUCCACCACCAGCAGCGAGCGCUUGUUUGUCAGAUGGAGUCAGGCACCUUUCACAAAGACCAUCAAAGACAACUGUCCUGGGAAGGCGCUCCUGAGGACAGAACUUCAGUACCAUACGGACGUCUCUUCGCUCAUGGAGGAUACAAAUGGGAACCAGCCAGAAAGAAAGAGCUAUAACCCCUGGGGACUGCACUGCCACCAACUGCACCUGAACCGCAUGUCCUCCAAACUUGAUGAGAACAAACUACAUCAGUUUCUGUUGCUUGAAAACGUGGUGUCAAAGUAUCAAUAUCCCUGCAUUCUGGACUUAAAGAUGGGAACCAGGCAGCAUGGAGAUGAUGCAUCAGAAGAGAAGAAAGCACGCCACAUAAAGAAGUGUGAACAGAGCACUUCUGGGUCUCUUGGAGUUCGCAUCUGCGGAAUGCAGGUUUACCAAGCAGAUACUGGCCAAUUUCUCUGCAAAGACAAGUAUUAUGGAAGGAAACUAUUGCCCAAUGGCUUCAGACAAGCCCUCUACCAGUUCCUUCACAAUGGUAACUGCCUCAGAACAGACCUCUUGGAACCCAUUCUGUUACAGCUAAAGGCUCUGCUUUCAGUCAUCAAAACCCAGAGCUCCUAUCGAUUCUACUCCAGCUCCCUUCUCAUCAUCUAUGAUGGACAGGAAACCAAGGAGAAUAAAGAAAUUUUAGACAACCAUCCUCAGGGGUGUUUUCAGAACGUAAAUUGCGCCAUGCCGCAUGGGACUGGUCACCCCAAAGUUGACAUCCGCAUGAUAGAUUUUGCUCACACCACUUAUAAAGGUUCAAAGUAUAAUCACACCAUCUACGACGGGCCAGACAACGGCUAUAUUUUUGGUCUAGAAAAUCUUGUCAAAAUUCUUGAGAAUACUAGAGAAGGAGAAUGACAAAUGCUGUGACAUGGUGUGGACU